CCUCCCCGACCCCCGGCUGCGGUAGGGAAGAGAAACAGAUUGGGCAAAAUCCGCGACCCACCAAAACAAGCCGCGCCCGAAGGAGCCCCCACCAUGGGCAACACGCAGGAGAGGCCAUCAGAGACGAUCGACCGCGAGCGGAAACGCCUGGUAGAGACGCUGCAGUCGGACUCGGGGCUGCUGCUGGAUGCGCUGCUGGCACGGGGCGUGCUCACCGGGCCCGAAUACGAGGCGUUGGACGCGCUGCCUGAUGCCGAGCGCAGGGUACGCCGCCUGCUGCUGCUGGUGCAAAGCAAGGGCGAAGCCGCCUGCCAGGAGCUGCUGAGCUGCGCCCAGCGAACCGUGCGCGCGCCCGACCCCGCCUGGGACUGGCAGCACGUGGGCACGGGCUACCGAGAACGAAGCUACGACACUCCAUGCCCAGGCCACUGGACUCCUGAGGCAGCUGGCUCAGGGACCGCAUGCCCCUGGCUGCCCGGAGCUUCAGAUUGUGAUGAGGCCCGGGGUCCUGAGGACUCCAAGGCAGCGCAAUCCGGAACCCUCGAGGAAACUGAGCCAGAGCUGGAAGCUGAGACCUCUGAAGGGGCUGAACCGGAGUUGGAACCCCAAAUGGAUCCGGAACCAGAGCCAGGGACAGAACCAGAGCCAGAACUGGAGCCGGAGCCCGACCUAGAGGCUGGGGACGAAUCUGAAGAUUCCUGAAAGCCUUAACGCUGACAGGCCGCUCCUCGCCCUAGCAGGACAGGAUCUAGGAUCCUGCCCUGCUGGGGUCAGAUGCCACGAAGGCUCCAUCUGUCCCAGUACCACUGAAAGUGAAUAAACUCUGGAGGGUCAGCUUUGA